AUGAGAGGCUUCGUCGGUGCUGUGGCCGGCCUGGCUGCUGUUGCCAGCGCCACCCCCUCCCUCUCCGUUGAGACCGUCCACAAGGGCAUGGCUCCCGUUCUCUCUGCCACCAACGCCGAGGCCGUUCCCGACUCGUACAUUAUCAAGUUCAAGAAGCACGUCUCGGAGUCCGGCGCCUCGGACCACCACAACUGGGUUCAGAACAUCCACUCCUCCGCUCAGGACGAGCGUCUUGAGCUGCGCAAGCGUGGCCAGGAGCCUUUGGUCAGCGAUGUCUUCCGUGGCCUGAAGCACACCUACAACAUUGGCAAGGACUUCAUGGGUUACGCUGGUCACUUUGACUCCGAGACUGUUGAGAAGAUCCGGAGACACCCUGACGUCGAAUUCAUCGAGGUCGAUUCCGUGGUCCACACCCAGGUUCCCGUCAAGUCCCACGUUGAGGACAAGUGCGACGGUGAGCUUGAGAAGCUGGCCCCCUGGGGUCUGGCUCGUAUCUCACACCGCAAGUCCCUGGGCUUCGGUACCUACGACAAGUACCUCUACGCCGGUGAUGCUGGUGAAGGUGUUGAUGCCUAUGUUAUUGACACCGGCACCAAUGUUGACCACGUCGACUUUGAGGGUCGUGCCAAGUGGGGAAAGACCAUUCCCUCUGGAGACCAGGAUGCUGAUGGUAACGGUCACGGCACUCACUGCUCUGGUACCAUCGCUGGCAAGAAGUACGGUGUCGCCAAGAAGGCCAACGUUUACGCCGUCAAGGUCCUUCGCUCCAACGGCUCUGGUACCAUGUCCGACGUCGUGAAGGGCGUUGAGUGGGCUGCCAACUCUCACACUGAGCAGGUGCAGGCUGCUAAGGAUGGUAAGCGCAAGGGCUUCAAGGGCUCUGUCGCCAACAUGUCUCUUGGUGGUGGCAAGACUCAGGCUCUGGACGCUGUUGUGAACGCUGCCGUUGAUGCCGGUAUUCACUUUGCCGUCGCCGCUGGCAAUGACAAUGCCGAUGCUUGCAACUACUCCCCCGCUGCUGCCGCGAAGGCCGUCACUGUCGGUGCCACCGAGCUCGGCGACCGCCGCUCUUACUUCUCCAACUACGGCAAGUGCACUGACAUCUUCGCUCCCGGCACCAACAUCAAGUCUACUUGGAUCGGCUCCAAGUACGCUGUCAACACCAUUUCUGGCACUUCCAUGGCCUCUCCCCACAUUUGCGGUCUCCUUGCCUACUACCUUUCUCUCCAGCCUGCUUCUGACUCCGAGUACUCCGUUGCUCCUAUCACUCCCGAGAAGCUCAAGAAGGCUUUGAUCUCCGUCGGCACCGUUGGUGCCCUCAGCGACAUUCCUCGUGACACCCCCAACGUCCUCGCCUGGAACGGCGGUGGCUGCAACAACUACUCUGCCAUCAUUGAGGCUGGCAGCUACACUGUCAAGACCGAGACCAAGGAGGCCACCAUCGAUGAUCUCGAGAAGGCCAUCGAGGAGGACUUCCAGGUUCUCUCCGGAAAGGUCGUCAAGGGCGCCAAGAACAUUGGCACCAAGGCCGAGAAGUUCGCCAAGAAGAUCCACGAGCUCGUGGACGAGGAGCUUAAGGAGUUCCUCAAGGAGACUUCUUUGUAA